CAAUCAAGAAGAAACGGUUGUCUGCUGUGAAACCUGCUGUUCGUAACCUAUAAACUUCUCUUUAAGAAGAUUUAAACUGCCCAGAAAGCGAGUUUGGAAGAUCUACAGUUUGAAGAUGGGCAUAUCUACAGACUCAGAUCUGUGCUCAAACCAGUUUAAUUUUUAAGAGACACUCAAACGGUGAUCAUAAAGAGGAGAGAUGGCACAGAAAAAAGUUCGGCUGGAGCGAGAAGUGAUUUCUUGUCCGAUCUGUCUGGAUCUCCUGAAGGAUCCAGUGACUGUUCCCUGUGGACACAGCUACUGUAUGAACUGUAUUAAGACCCACUGGGAUAGAGAGGAUGAGAGAAGAAUCUACAGCUGUCCUCAAUGUAGAAAGACCUUCACACCGAGGCCUGACCUGGGAAAAAACACCAUGUUAGCAGAUUUAGUAGAAGAGCUAAAGAAGACCAGACUCCAAGCGAGUCCUGCUGAUCACUGCUACGCUGGACCUGAAGAUGUGGCCUGUGACGUCUGCACAGGGAGAAAAAGAAAAGCCAGCAAGUCCUGUCUGCAGUGUUUGAUUUCUUAUUGUGAGAAACAUCUUCAGCCUCAUUUUGAGUCCCCUGCAUUUGAAAAACACAAGCUGACAGAUCCCUCAAAGAAGCUCCAGGAGAACAUCUGCUCUAGUCAUGAUGAGGUAAUGAAGAUAUUUUGUCGCACUGAUAGGCAGUUCAUUUGUUAUCUCUGUUUAAUGGAAGACCAUAAAGGACACGACACAGUCUCAGCUGCUGCAGUGAGGACGGAGAGCCAGAAAAAGAUUGAGGUGAGUCGCCGAAACAUCCAACAGAGAAUAGGAGACAGAGAGGAAGAUGUGAAGCUGCUUCAGCAGGAGGUGGAGGCUAUCAAUCAGUCUGCUGACGAAGCUGUGGACCACUGUGAGAAGACACUUAUUGAGGUGAUCCGCCUUGUGGAGAAAAGACACUCUGAUGCGAUGAAGCAGGUCAGAUCUCAGCAGGCAACUGAAGUGAGCAGAGUCAGAGAGCUUCAGGAGAAGCUGGAGGAGGAGAUCACAGAGCUGAAGAGGAAAGAUGCUGAACUUGAGAAGCUGUCAAACACAGAGGAUCAUAAUCGGUUUCUUCAAGACUAUCCAACACUAUCACAACUCAAUGAACCUACGAACUCAUCCAGCAGCUCUGAACGUCCUCUGAGAUUCUUCGAGGAUGUGACAGCGGCUGUGACAGACCUCAGAGACAAACUCCAGGACGUUCUGGAAGAGAAAUGGACAAACAUCUCUCCAUCAGUGACUGACAUGGAUGUUUUUCAGUCAGAAUCAGAGCCUAAGACCAGAGCUGAAUUCUUAAAAUAUUCAUGUGACAUUUCGCUGCAUCCAAACACUGCUCAUAAAUGUCUGUUUUUGUCAAAGAGGAACAGAAAAGCAACGCUGAUGUUUAAGAAACAAUCUUAUCCCAAUCACCCAGACCGGUUCAUUGAUUACUGGCAGGUCAUGAGCAGAGAGAGUCUGACGGGACAGUGUUACUGGGAGGUGAAGUGGAGAGGAGGUGUUUACGUAGCAGUCGCGUACAAAGACAUCUGUAGAGGAGAGAGCUCCACUGACUGUGUGUUUGGACACAACGACAAAUCCUGGGCGCUGGAUUGUGACAACAGCACUUUUAACUUCUGGUACAACAAAGUCAGUACUCAUGCCUCUGGUCCUCUGUCCUCCAGGUUUGGAGUCUACCUGGAUCACAGCGCAGGUGUUCUGUCGUUCUAUAACGUCACCGACACCAUGACUCUCCUCCACAGGUUUAAGACCAAAUUCACUCAGCCUCUCUACGCUGGACUCGGGUUUUAUUACCCUGGAGACUCUGCAGAGAUCUGUAAACUGAAAUAGACUGAAGUCAUCCAUGGUAGAGGGUUAACCGCCGUUAGAGUCUUAAACUUGGGUUGGUUUCCUAUUUACAGCCUGAUGGACUCGCUGGGAUUUAGGGGUGAAGUUGCAGUGUUCACUCCAUCACUUUGGGCUGUUUAAUGUUGAUUGUUAAUUUGGUUGGCUUCCAUUUAUACAUUUGUUCUGAAUAUUCCUCCCUGGUUGGGGUUAUUGAGCCUUUAGUUUGAUUUGGAGGAACAGCAGAAAAAGGGUUACUUUUGCAGAAAGCUGUAGGUUAAUUUUUAUUUCAACAAAGAGCGAAUGCUGAUGUCCAAAGUCAAAGAUGGGAGUAUUAAAAAGAUAGUAUCAGCAUGAUAUCAGUGUCACAGAUGUGAGUAUUUCAGCCAAUAUUAUAAGUUGAUUUAUCAGCUGUACAUAUCGGCUAUGUAAGUCAUACAUCAGCCUUAAAUAUCCGCAAGUGUACAACACAUUCAAGGAGGCCCACUGGGAGCCCUGAACAUUUUGAAUGAACUCCAAACCUACACAGCUAUCACGUUAUUUCCCUGCUCCUCUUCAGCUCUGCUUGACUCAGACUCUUUUUGCACAGGAGACACUUUUUGUGUUUACAAGGAAAAAUAGUCAUGUAUGUAUCAGUAACCACUAAAAUGAGCUUGGAAGUAUGAGCAUAUCAAAUAUCGAUAAAAAUCCAAUUUCAUGCAUUCCUAGAAUUAAAACUCUGUUACACAGUGAGAGGACAAGCAGAGGAGGCAUGCAACAACACUAAUGUUUGUUCAAAGUGUGACUCCAGUGAGCUUACCACAGACAAGCCCGAAAAGAUAACAGAUGAUGCACAAAUGCGCACUGUAAGACCAAACAGUUGAACGUUUAAAAGAAGAGUUUCUGUAACCUAAAAAUCUAAAAUAGCCAUUUCAGCUCUUUUUUUCUGAGUGAUAGCAUUUUUAGUUUUAAGUAAACAGUACUCAAUCACUACUUUUUGUAAUUGUACUCAAAUUAUUUGACAAUCAUUCCCUACUCUGAAGAGUUUUCCCAGAAUGCCUUUGGGCAUUAGACACUUUUGCACCAUGAGUGAAGUUACUGACUCAGUUAGACACGUCGUGCCUGUGGAGAGCAAACAUGAUAUGUAAUGGAAGAUUUACUGACCAUGAAGGAAGAGGACUUCCUGGUUCUGUGUGCUCCUUUCACUUACUGUCAUGUGUAGCCACUGAAGUUGGCCUACCUUAAAUCUACAAGAUUAAAGUCUGUGAUUGAAAUAAGGGGAAAAUGCAGUGGAUAAAGAACAUGAAGCUUAACAAAAACUACUGAAUUGUUGUUUUGAUUUAAACACAACUUUUAAAUAUCGAAGUUUUAACUGUGUAGUUUAACUAAGAAAAAUAAAGUUAACCCAACAAAUGUUAAAAAAAAAACACUGUUGAUAAAAGUAAAAAUGGUGAAGAACCUGCUCCUCAACAGUUCAUUUUUUCAGUUACUUAAACUUUUCAUGCAUUCAGUUUGCUCCAGUGUUUUGAGUUUAAACUCGUCAGAAAUUGCUAAUUUAUGCCUACUACUUAAAAACUUUCACCAAAUCAGUUUCAUUUUGACUCUUUAAUAUUUCAGUAAUUCUAAAGCGGUUCUAUACCAGUUUCUCACUGACUAGAGCAUAUUUUCCAUUUAUUUUUAGGAAGGAGCAGCUUCUGCUGAUUCUGACAGGAUAGACCAGGGGGACAGCUCUACACACGUCUCGAUUUAUUUUGAUUUAACGCUGGAUGCACAUCACAAUCAGAUCACUUUUUUAGAGUCCAUGAAAAUGGUGCAUUUAAUUCUAACUGAGCAUGAACAUCACAAAAAGACUAUGGACAACCCUGGCAGAGGCCAACACUUUCACUUUAAGGGAGUAUGUCUGUGCUUAGCAGGAGGACACAGCUCUCCCUUUUCAGCCUGAUGGCUUUAAGCAACAACCUUCUCAAUGUUCCUGCAGCAGGUACCACAUGACCCCCACUGCAACAUGAUAAUAACUCCUAUCCAUGUUUACAUAACAUGUAGAAUAACAGUUCCAUGACCCGAACAAGUGUUUUAAACCAAAGCCAAAAAAAAGGGUGGAAGUGUAUUUUCAAGGGGUUAUAUAUGUUAGAAAGACUCAGGAAUGUGCAGAUUACUGUGUUAAACAUGGUGAUUUAAAUGUAUUAAACUGUGACUUAUUGUGUAUUGAAUGUUUCUUGAAGUAAUGUUCUAAAAGUGGACAUGAAUCUUUCUCUCCAAAUGUUCUUUCAGUGAGUCACUGAGAGAUGAUUGGACAUUUUCUGUGUCGUGGAGAGAUUCUGUCCAAACAGACUGAUUGUUUGGAUGAAUUAAAUGAUUCAGGAAGAGAGCUUUAACAUGGAAGUUUCCAUUUUAAUUCAACAACAGUAAACAGUGUUUUCUUCUCGUCUUCACUGCAGGGUGUCUUAGAGCUGAUGAAACAAAUGUGACACUCAGGGUUGUAGUGGUGCUUGAAAUCCUUUAAAAUGUUUGAAUUUUGUGCUUGAAAUUGAAAGUGUAUGACUUGUGAUAAUAUUUAUCUGAAUGAACGCUUCUUUUAUAUCACAGGGUGAUUAAAUAAAUCAAAGGUCUUUUAUAUUGGAAAAAAUAUAUAAAAUAAUUUGAGGGAAAAACAAAUUUUCUCUUUAGAACAAUACCUUACAGCAGGGGUGUCAAACUCAAGGCCCAGGGGCCAAAUCCGGCCCGUGGAAUGGUUAAGCCGGCCUGCAGGCUGAGCUCAUAUUUCUGUUCUA